GGGGUCAGUUUUGUUUCCCCGGAUCCGCCAUUUCAUUUUUUGAAGUUACUUGUGGCAAGUUACAAGGUUUUAUUCAAAUUUGUAUUGUUUUACAACUGGGUUGGGUAAGUUAUAAUCGACAUAUAAUUUUAAUCAGGCGAUCAGACACGUUUUGUACGAGGACCGGCUUGUGGAUUUUAAAUUGAUGGGCAUAAGCAAGUUGCGAAUGUCGCCUAUUUUCCAAACGUGUUCUCCGCGCUAAAGUUUUUGUAUGAGUUGAAUGCUGUUUGUGGAUAAGGGGAGGCAAAGGGAAGGCCCGUGAAGCCUCGGCUUUGGAGUGGGAGUCAUGGCCGGAAAUUUUGACGCAGAGGACCGUGCAAGUUGGUACUGGGGAAGAUUAAGUAGACAGGAGGCAGUUUCACUUUUACAAGGACAGAGACACGGAGUGUUUUUGGUGAGAGACUCAAUUACAAGUCCAGGCGACUACGUCCUGUCCGUUUCAGAGAAUUCCAAAGUCUCGCAUUACAUAAUCAACAGCAUCAGCAACAACCGGCAGUCUGGCGCAGGCCUAACGCCUCCACAGUUCCGCAUAGGGGACCAGGAGUUUGAUGCCCUCCAUUCCCUGCUAGAGUUCUACAAGAUCCACUACCUGGACACCACCACUCUCAUAGAGCCCAUCAACAAGGCCAAACACUCUUUCUUGGUCAGCGCAGGUGCUGGAGGCCCGCCGCAGCGGCUGGAAGACGAGUUUGUCCGUGCCGUCUUUGAUUUCCCAGGCAACGACGAUGAGGACCUUCCUUUCAGAAAGGGUGACAUCCUGCGGGUUCUGGAGAAGCCUGAGGAGCAGUGGUGGAAUGCCCAGAAUUUAGAGGGGCGUGCCGGGAUGAUACCUGUGCCCUACGUGGAGAGGUACCGACCGGCCUCUCCCACCUCGGGGGGCCCUGGAGCAGGGGGUCCCGGUGGGGUGGGCUCGGUAGAUGGCUCCAGUGUUCAGGGCCCUCCUCUGCUAGACCCGAGCCAGUAUGCCCAGCCCACACCUCUGCCCAACCUGCAGAACGGACCCGUCUUUGCCAGGGCCAUCCAGAAGAGGGUGCCCAAUGCCUACGACAAGACCGCCCUUGCCUUAGAGGUGGGCGACAUGGUGAAGGUGACAAAGAUCAACGUGAACGGCCAGUGGGAGGGCGAGUGCAAGGGCAAGCGCGGCCACUUCCCCUUCACCCACGUUAAGCUGCUGGACCAUAAUAACCCCGAGGACGAGGUGAGCUGAGAGUGGACACUGGGCUCCUUGGGCUCCUCCUAUCCCUUACCCUGCCCUUAAAUACACACACCCACUCCCUCUCCUGCCACCAUCGCCCCUGUGCCAAUCAGCAGCCUCCUCAUGACCUCUUCCUCAGUUGGUUCCGUUAGAUAAUCAUUACGCUGUGUCAUCUUCACUCACAACACCAGUAUUUAUACCACUUCCGCACCAUGGCCAGCUCUAUCAAAACACCCACACACAUACCCCUUCUAAAGAAAGACUCAGGCCUUGUCUGAUGGGGACGAGGACAGUGACUGUGUGUUACCAAGAGGAAGAGGGGGAGUGUGUGGACAGCUAUUCAGGGAGAGGGAAAGCAAGGUAGAAAUGCUCUCUUGGACUGGAAUCGUACACACAGAGACCCACGGAGAAACACUUUCUCUGACUGUCAAGGAGAGCCGUUAGGAUAACACUACAUUGUACCCAAAACUAUCAUCCUCGCUACAAGUCCACGACCAAGUAACUAGUAGUCUUUUGUAAGAAGAAAAAAAAGAACAUAUCAUUAUGAAAUUGUUGAUGACCGUUACAUGCUAAAAUCGUGUUUUUAAUUUUUCUGCGUUGUUUUUCUGAGAAGUAACAUUGCCAGUCCACCACUAUUGCGGAGAUUUCAUUAAAUGUGUUGGCUACGUUGUCUGCUUAUGGUAUUGUCAGGCGCUAAAUCUCUGUCUUAUUUGUUUGUCUGUCCUGCAUUGCUUGUCUGUGUUCUUUUUAAAAAGUCUUUGUCUGCUCCACUCCUACUCCAAAUCACUGAAACAUCAUAUUUUUGUAUUUUUUACACUGUUAACUUUUCACCUUGUUCUUAACAGUGGAGAUGCCUUUUUGUGUAUGAUCAGCCAGGGUCGCGUAAAUGUUCUGCCAUAUCGUAUAAUACCAUAGCCAAAGAUAGACUGUUAACUCGUAUGAAAAGGUUGUUUUAAGGUCAAUAUUAGUAUGAGUUGGCUUUCUCCUUGCAAGAUUCAAAACUGUUUACGGUAGUAUCUACUUGUUCUUCUGUACACAUUGGUUACGAGGUCAAGGCAGUGACACUGACUGUUCUCACCUUUCAGUUCUAGAUUCCAGUCAUCCACUAUUUUGAGAAUUGAUGUAUGUCCGUAUUCAUUAGUGUAAUAGAGCGAGCAAAAAAAAACAUUUUUAAUUUGCAUGUAUCCACAAACCACCAUACUAUUGCUAAGAUUGUCAACUUUUGAGUGUUGUUCUUUGUUGAUAAGAGAUCACAGUUUAGUCCACCUGUUGACACAUGACAAUCUUUCCAUCCCUAUUAUGUAGAAAUAGGACAACGUUUGCACCCUGGCACAGCAUCACAAAUGUUACAGAUGUAAGUAGUUUACUGUGAACAGCAGAUGAGUAUCUCUGUUCCACUAUGAAUUAAACCUGUAUCUGACCGUUCUUACACUUUGCACCCCAAUUAAUGUGCCCCUGAAAUUCACUUGGAUAACUUCACCUCCUAGAGUGCUUUCCCACAGAUUUAGGCGGAGGUGAAUUGAGAAAUUGAUGAUCUUGUCCUCUGUAGAACUGGCCACUAGGGUGCACUGCAACAGCAUUAGGCAGAGAGGUUCUGGGAGAACCUAAGUGCUAGGCUGCCUCUUUGAGCCUUAGCCCAUGUUGAUCAAUACAGUAUUCUGUGUUGAGGUUGCUAUAGGUGUUUUUGUUUUUUCAGAAUGCACUUGUAGCAAAAACCAAAAAUUACAAUUACUUAUCAGUUCUGACCCCUCCCUUUUCUUGCCUUUAUUGUGCCAAUAUGUAAUUUCUGCUGUGUUCAUUGUCUGUGGCUUUUAAAAAUAUAUAAUGAAGGUAAUUUAGCCCCCAAAAAAGCAGCUGUGAAAAAUCUAACCGCAUUAUCAGGGUGUGAUGUGUACAGAAAUGAUUAUGGUAAUACGAGUUAAACUCCAAUGAUGAAUUACCUCGUCAAAAAUACACUGGGUGCUGGCCUUAGAUGUAGGUUCUGGGUAGUUGAUGCUGCAAAGUCCAGAUGAAUAGAAUAUAUAACCUUUUAACGAUUGGAUUGUCCGCAAACAUAAGGGGUUUUCCCAUUGCCCACAAACCUGUACCAUUUCUUUGUGUAAUUGUAGCUUUUGGGCCACCUGACAAACUUGUUUUGCCAAUUUAUGCCACAAUCUAUGUUUAUGGGCAGGGUUGGGUAGGUUACUUUCUAGAUGUAAUCAGUUAGUUACUAGUUACCUGUCAAAUUGUAGUCAGAAAUAUCUUUUGGAUGACUCAAACUCAGUAACAUGAUCUGAUUACUUUCAGUUACUUUUGGAGUACUUUCCCAUUUAUAAGCAUUAGAAGCAGAUAAAAAGGAACCAUCAAAUGCAUUUGGUGUGUCGUCAUAGUGGUCUCUGACUUGUGGUCAGACUCGCUCAGGUGGAACAGCCUUAAACUUGCCCCUUUUUCCAAUGCGGAAUUGAAUGUCAUUGAGAAAACAGAAAGGUGUCAUAAUGUAUUUUUUUGUUUGUUGCAAACAUCCUUUCUGAAUUUAAAAGUAAUCCAAGAAGCAAUCAUCUAGUUUUUCAAGACUUUUUGUAAGAUGGUUACAAUAUUUUUGCUGGUAAUGUAAGUGAUUACAGUUAGUUCCUUUUGUAAUCAGCUACUCCAGUAUUAACGUUUGUUAAAUCAUGUCUGCUUUUUCCAUUCAUUUUCUCAGUGCAUGCCUGUUGCUUAUGUAAUAUGCUCUUAUUUUAAUGCCUAUAACUAUUUUAAAGUAUUGUAUUUUUGUAACCCUGUGUAAGUCAUUACCUGUCAUAAUGGGGCUUGGUUGGCAACCGCAAAUGGAAAUUGUGAUAUCAAAAUGUGCCAUUGUAUUAUAACACUAUAUUCUUUUAAGACAAUUGAAAUUACCUUUUUAUUUUCUGUAGCAUGUAAUGUGUUAAGAUAUACAUAGUAAAUAAAGUCAAAGGAUUGGCAAAUGAAAAGAAUGUACCCUAGCAAUCUUGUUGAUUGUCAUAAAUUGGUGAGAUCAAACUGCA